AUGUCGGUGCCGCCGCAGCUCAUUCGCGUGAAGCGGAAGGCUACCGAGGAGGCGCCAGUCUCGUUCCUCCGCGUCCAGGAGAAUAAGCGGCACCGAAGCGAGGCAUUCGUGUAUCGACGACAAGAAGAGAAACCCAACAGCUCCCACAGCGAACCCCCCCAAUCCCAGAGGCCCAUCAUCCAUACCUCUGAGCCGCACACUCGUACCAAAGCCUCAGGGUCCCAGGCCACAGGAGCACGCGAUACGCGCACCAACAGCAGUAGCACCAAAGACAAUGCGCCCAGCCCCGAUGUAGGUGAUUUGGGUCCUAAGGCCGCUAGUGUGGCUUCCUCGCCGCGACGAUUCCAUAUGUCGAGAAAGGACAUAGUGCUUGCGGCCGCUCCUUACUCUAGCCGGACCCAUGGCGGCGUCACUAAGAAGCGCUCUGCACCUACGCUCUUCGUGGAGCGCAAGAUAAAACAGAUUACUUCGAGACCUUUCAAGAAACUGCAGUCUCUCGCUAAUGUUAUCGGAUCUGGAACCCCGUCGGCCCUGCCGGCUGAAAACAUGGAUGUGGACAAACCAGAGCUUCGGAAACUGAAGAAACCCGGAGUGGCGAAGCUCGCUAACGAGGGGGGUAGCCAGAAAUACAAGGCCGAACUACCAAAGGCCAUGACAGACAGAUGGAAGGUCGACAUGGACAAGCUAACGGACGAGAUGAACGCCUACGCCAUGGAGCAGAUUGGGCUCAACCUCCAGAAAGCUAGCGACGAACGACACGCUCAACCGUCCACGAAGGCGCAAUCUAAACUCAGGCCGAAACUGCCUGCCAAGCGAUAUGCAGAGCGCCAUCCCGAAGUACUGGCAACGGCCUCCGCGGACAGGGAUAUGAUGGACACGGACGUCGAUAUCAGCGACAGCGACGACGGCGAGUACAUUAUCGAAACCUACGAGCGCGUCCCGGCCAGCAAGUUGGGUGAGCACGUGCCACCGCAAAGUGUUGGGGUUCUUGUAUUUGAUGAAGAACCCGAUUUGGAGUACUUUUAUGGGGACGCGGCCGACAGCGAGGACGAGUGGGCCGAAGACGAAGAAGACGAGAACGCCGAGAACUACUACACGGCGGACUACCCUGAUGAGGAGGUCGCGUCGGACGACGAGUACGACCGCAACCCGUACUCAUUCCGGACGGGGAAUGCAUCAGAUCUAGAGGAAUACGACACGCGCAGUGACAACAGCGACGACGACGACACGGCGGCGCUGAGCGACCAAGAGACCCUGUCGGGCCGGUUCACAACCUACAUCGGCCGGGGCGGCCUGAGGACGAACCAUCUAUGAUGAGGUGCGCCACUGCUAAGGAUACAACAACGAGGAUGUGGCGCGGCCAAAACUACGUACGGGGCGCGGGAAACCACUCCUCGCCGCGUCCACAAUCUUCCGACUACUAAAGCGGCACGCCGGACACGCUGGCCGGGCCCUAGUGUUAGUGCGAAGGUGACACGACUCAGCGUAACCCGCUGGCACCAACAUCAACUGACAUGAGGCCCGGGGCGGAGCGAGGAAAGACAAAGGCGGCGGGACGAGGACGCACAUGUGUGUGUGCCGCAGCGGAGG